AUGCCUCAAAAGUUAACUGUUGCUUCAAAAGCACCACUUGUGGCUUACCCUGCACUUAUUGCGGCCCAGAUUGCUGGAGCCGAUGUAGAUGUUGCUAUUGUCGAUGCUGCGGACGUCGACGGCGUGCCGGCUACUCUUGAUUCAGUCAAGGGCACAGACAAGAUUGUCGAGGCCCUGGCUGCCGCACAUCCUGCCAACCUCAAGUACGACUCCAAGUGGUUUGAUUUGGCGUUCGGUUUGUUUUCCAGCAAGAACUUCAAGGACAUUGCCCCCCAGCUCGAGCAGCUCAAUGACUUCCUUAACUUCCGCUCCUACCUUUCAGGCUAUUCGGCCGGCGUUAACGAUGUCCUGAUUUGGGGUGUUUUGCGAGCUAACGGUGUUCUUGGUGCGGCCGUCAAAUCUGGCACUUAUGUCAAUAUCACUCGCUGGUACAACCACCUCGACCAAAACGUCAAGUUUGGCGGUGCUGUUCAGGACUUCCUCAACAGUGUCCAGGACCUGCGUAAACAGGCCAAGGUCGGCCAAAAGAAAGAGUCCAAAGCCUCCUUCGAUAUCGAUCUCAAGGACGCAAUUGACGGCCAGGUCGUCACCCGUUUCCCUCCCGAGCCUAGUGGGUACUUGCACAUUGGCCACGCCAAGGCGGCUGUUUUAAACCAAUAUUUCGCCGAGAUGUACCAUGGCAAACUUAUUAUUCGUUUCGAUGACACUAACCCGUCGAAGGAGAAGGUCGAGUAUACCAAUGCCAUCCUUAAGGACCUGGAGCUGCUUGGUAUCAAGGGCGAUCGGAUCACGCACUCUUCAGACUACUUUCAGGAGAUGUACGACAUUGCUGUGCAGAUGAUCAAGGACGGUAAUGCAUAUGCUGAUGACACUCCUCAAGAAAAGAUGCGUGAGGAGCGUAUGGACGGGAUCGCCUCGGUGCGUCGUAACCGCACUGUCGAGGAGAACCUGCAGAUCUUUGAGGAGGAGAUGAAGAAAGGUACCGAGAUUGGUCUCAAACACUGCUUGCGUGCCAAGAUCUCAGUCGAUGCCAACAACAAGACCCUGCGUGAUCCUGUCGUUUACCGCUGUAACUUAACCCCGCACCACCGCACCGGUGACAAGUGGAAGAUCUACCCCACCUACGAUUUCUGCUGUCCCGUGGUUGAUAGUAUCGAGGGUGUUACGCAUGCGCUGCGUACCAUUGAGUACCGCGAUCGCAACACACAGUACGAGUGGAUGCUCAAGGCUCUCAAACUUCGCCGGGUGCACGUUUGGGACUUUAGCCGAGUCAACUUUGUUCGCACACUGCUCUCUAAGCGCAAGUUACAAUGGUUUGUUGACCAGGGCCGCGUCGCUGGCUGGGACGAUCCUCGUUUCCCUACCGUUCGUGGUGUCCGUCGCCGGGGCAUGAGCGUUGAGGGUCUGCGCAACUUCAUUAUUGCUCAGGGUCCGUCCAAGAACAUUCUUAAUCUGGACUGGUCUCUAAUUUGGGCAAUCAACAAGAAGGUCAUUGAUCCUAUUUCUCCUCGCUACACGGCCAUUGAAAACGGCAUCGAGUUGACCCUGGAGGAUGGCCCGGCCGACGUGGUCCGCGAGACUCGUCCCAAGCACAAAAAGAACGCUGAUCUCGGUGACAAGACCAUGCUUUUAUCCUGCAAGCUUUUGAUCGAGCAAGAUGACGCAGAUACGCUCUCUGAGGGCGAGGAGUUCACUCUUAUGGACUGGGGUAACGCCAUUGUCACCAAGCUUGUGAGGAAGGACGGCAAGGUCACUGAGAUUGCCGCCAAGCUGCAUCUCGAGGGUGACUUCCGCAAGACCGAGAAGAAGCUCACGUGGCUGGCCAACACUGACGAGCUCACCCCUGUCGAGAUUGUCACUUUCGACCAUCUUAUCACCAAGGACAAGAUCGAGGAGGGCGAGAACUUCGAGGAUUACCUGACCCCCGAGACUAUCUUCACUUCCCAGUCGGUUGCAGAUCUUAAUGUUCGCGAUCUCAAGGAGGGCGAUGUUAUCCAAUUCGAGCGCAAGGGCUACUUCCGCAUCGACAAGGCCUUUGACGGAAAGAAGGCUGUCUUAUUCAAUGUUCCUGACGGAAAGGUUGUUUCCAAAUAUGGCGCUAAAAAGAACUAG